AUUAAAAUUACAUAAUAUUUUUGUAUUUUGUUUGUGAAUAGAAAAUAAUGAGAAACUGAUAGUAAAGUGAUGGAUCACAGCCACCACAAUGCACAUCACGCCCAUAUGGCCGUCGAGACCACAACCGUUGGCUACGAUGUCGGCCACGAAGCCCACAAUGUGUUGGCUCAAGAGAGCGACCACAGCGGCCACGAUAUGAUGUCUCACGAUAUGAUGAAAAUGUAUUUCCACACAAAUAUUGGCACCGAUUAUGUGCUGUUCAAAGGCUGGAAACCGGCCAAUGCUGGGGAUAUGGUGUGGACGUGUGCUCUCAUAUUCCUAUUGGCGGUCAUAUACGAGGGUCUGAAGUAUUAUCGCGAGUAUCUGUUGAAGUCGUGGCGAAUCACAACGUAUUACGUGUCGGACACUCCCAACGGUAUCCGAACGAACGGAAGCGCUAGAAUUCCCGGCCCCGGGAGGGACGACAAGAUGGAAAUAUAUAGGAAAAUGUUUUCGUGUCCACACCUGUUCCAGACAGGGCUACAUGUGCUCCAGUUUUUCAUAUCAUACCUAUUAAUGCUAGUCUUUAUGACAUAUAAUGUAUAUUUUUGUAUCGCUGUACUGAUCGGCGCCGGUGUCGGCUAUUUCCUGUUCGGGUGGUAUAAGUCAACGGCCGUUGAUAUCACAGAACAUUGUCAUUGAAAUUGUCUGUCACCUGAAGACCGCAACCAAGAAUCAAAUGAUAAUUGAUGUAAUGAUAACAAAAAUACUAUUUAAUUAUCAAUGUUUCAAAUUAAUUGAAUGUUAUUUAAAUUCGUAAAUCGUUUAAUAAUCAGUUGUUUUUUAAACCAAUUGACAGCUAAUUAUAAAAAGUUGUGUUUUUAAAACUCAUAUUCUUUGUUAAUAUCUACCGAUAUAUAAGUUUGAUAAAUAUAUUUAAAUUGAAAUUAUAAUAAAAAACAAAAUAUUAAUUUUUGAUAAAA